AUGGGAAAUGCCCUGAGAUUUCUCUACCGCAAUUGCUGCAAGCCCGCAGCAGCAGGUGACUAUGAACCUCCCCAUGGCGUCUCUGCACCCACGGCAGGCAUUUCAGCUCUUUCUCACGACUUGUUGCACUUCGAGAGCACCUCCCAGGUUCCAGAAGGAUUGACUAAGCACGUUGUCUCGUCCGCGAAAGCUCAAGCUAAUUGGUACAAAAAGCUAAUAGAGGCAUGGAGAGCAGCAAAACCACCUCCCAGGACGCCUGAAGAAGCUGCAAGGCUCGUGAUCCAGACCCUGAAGGGACACAAAAAAGCAGAUGUUGAGGGUUUGCUGGCUUUCUAUGGCCUGCUACUUCCUCAUGAUCCCGUCGAAGUAACCCAUGGACAUGGUGUCCCUGCAUCCUUGCCAGAAGGGGUGAAGUUUGAGCUGCACACACUACCAGUGGAUGCGAAGGCAGUACCAGAUGGAGACACCAUAACAGUCUAUGUAAGCACUACCGAUCCCAGGGAAUCAACCUGCAUACCAGGAGAUGUUAAAAUGGCUGCUGGUCAAAGAGCGAAAGCACGAGCAGAGAGGAACUAUGAAAAGGCUGAUGCACUGCACAAGAAGAUUAUUGAUUCUGGAUAUAGGGUACUGAACAUUCAAAAUGAGGAGGUUCUUGCGAGAAAGUACCGCAUCCGGCUAAGGGGAAUAGAUGCACCGGAGAGUUCAAUGCCAUAUGGGAAAGAAGCGAAAGAGGAGUUGGUUAAGCAUGUUCAAGGCAAGUGUUUGAGAGUCCUUAUUUAUGAUCAAGACCGGUAUGGUCGAUGUGUUGGAGACAUAUACUGCAAUGGUUUGUUUAUGCAGGAAAUCAUGCUCAAGAAAGGACUCGCAUGGCACUAUACUGCCUAUGACAAACGUCCUGAACUGGCAUCAUGGGAAAAGCAGGCUCGAGCAAAGCGUGUUGGGUUAUGGGCUUCGAAGAAUCCUCAAGAGCCAUGGGAAUGGAGGAAAAACAAACGUGAAGGAAGAUGA